AUGAAGGUUUCGUUUGAGCCUUCAAACAUCCAUCAGCUCGAAGAAUACACGUCAGCUGACGUCAACGUCACAUUCAGAUUCCCACAAAAGGAGUUUGAGCAGGACAAUUCGCAGCGUUUUCAGCUGAGUGUUGACUCAUUUCGUCCUGAAACCGCAACGGCGGACACGAAAACAUUGGAGAUUAGGAGGUCGAAUUUUAAAUUGGAAAAUGCGUAUUAUACGAGUAAUACAGUAAUUACUGUGAAAGGGCAUCUUCUUGGAAAAACAUCGAUGAAAGUUCGCCUCGUACCUGCAAGCGAUUGGCUCGAAAUGAACGAAACGACACCGUUCGAUGGCCUAGUGGCUGCUCGACAUGCUGAAAUUGUGCACGAUGGCUCAUGGCUCGAUGUUUGGGUCAUACGAUCCGCAGACUCCACUCGACUCACCAAAUAUUUCGUUAUUUCCGUAGUUCUUUUGAUUUCGAUGGCGAAUAUCAUGAUGGGCUGCGAGCUUGACAUUGAUGCCGUUUUCGGAACUCUGAAGAAACCAGUUGCGCCUGCAAUCGGACUGUUCGCGCAGUUUGUUAUGAUGCCAAUUCUGUCAUAUUUGAUAGCGUACGCUAUUUUUGUGCCUCGCGGACUGUAUUCGAUGGCACUUGGACUGUUUGUAACGGGUUGCACACCCGGGGGAGGAGCUUCCAACUAUUGGACUCUACUGUUUGAAGGAAAUUUGAACCUUUCGGUUUCUAUGACCUUCAUAUCUACUGUGUUUUCUUUAGUUUUGAUGCCGACAUGGCUUUACUUUUUGGCUGGUCCAUUUCUCCAGGGUUUCAAUUCGCAUGCCGUUAUAAAGGUUCCAUAUGGCAGAAUUGUGAGCUCUUUAUUCUCACUCAUUGUUCCUUUACUAAUUGGAAUUGGAAUCAAGAAAUGGAAACCCGAAUGGGCAGCGAAGUCAAGAAAGAUGAUGCGUCCAUUUGUCAUUAUUGUGAUGAUUUUUGUGAUUGUGUUCGGAUCUCUCACCAAUCUUUACAUGUUCCGUCUUAUCACUGUUCCAGCGCUUGUUGGUGGAUUAGCUCUUCCAUGGUGUGGCUUCAUGUUCGGAUGUUUCUUUGCGUUGCUAACCAAACGAUCACCUGAAGACGUUACCGCGAUUGCUGUUGAAACUGGAAUCCAGAACACUGGAAUUGCUAUUCUCCUUUUGAAAGCUUCGUUCGAUCAGCCGGAUGCCGAUAUCGGAUCGCUGCUGCCUGUAAUCGUUGCCGGAUUCACACCGCUUCCUCUUUUGCUAGGAGCUGCUGUGCAUUUGACAAUUAAGGCAAUGCGCAAGAGACGUCUGGCGACUGUCGAUCUUGAACAAGCCGAAAAGGCUGCAAUUGAGUUGAUCGAUUCGAAACCAGAAGUUUGUGCCAUCGAGAAGAAGCAAAAAUUGGUUGAUGAGAGCCUUUUGCCACAACCUCAAAAAUUCUAA